CUCGUUCAAAAUUCAACGACCACUAAUGCGGGCGACGAUGGGGUUACUUCCCAUCGCCCUCAUUUCACUAAUAUCCCUUCUUAGUUUCCUACCAUCAGUCAACGCAGUCAAGGGACACGACUUCAAGACCUGCUCACAGUCUGGCUUCUGUAGGCGUGGGCGCGCACUCGCAUCACGCGCUGCAGAGGCGGACAGCUGGGAGUCCCCCUAUUCCCUGCUCAAAGAUGGCUUGGAGCUCGACUCCCAGGGGAGUACCUUCAAAGGCAAGGUGAAGAGCGCACUCUACCCCGACGUACGCUUCUCGCUCCGCGUCGACGUGCUCCAUGAUGGCCUCUUCAGAAUAAGGAUGGACGAGGUAGACGGGCUCAAGAAACGAUAUGACGAAGCUUCUAAAUGGGCACUGGUGGGCGAGCCGGAAUUAGGCAGCGCCCAGUGGUCCAAGGGGGAGAAGGAAAUCAGCGCAGUCACGCGUACAGGAGGGGAGAGGGUCGAGCUCAAAAUCGAAUACUCUCCGUUGAAGGUAGGCAUGUGGAUAUCAGGGAAAGAAGUCAUUGCCCUCAACGGACGGGGCCUCCUUCACAUGGAGCAUUUCCGGACCAAGGAGGAGCCCGCCGCAGAGUCCUCUGUCGAGUCCUCAUCGGGAGAGGAGGAGCAGACCGUGCUCGAGCCCGCAAAGCCUACAGAACGCCCUACGGCAUGGUUUGAAGGUGCCGAGGAAGAUGCGUACUGGAGCGAGAGCUUUGGAGGAAAUACGGACAGCAAGCCGAAGGGACCCGAAUCCCUCAGCCUCGAUAUUACCUUCCCUCUCGCUCAGCACCUGUAUGGAAUCCCCGAGCAUGCCGCCCCUCUCUCACUCCCGACGACCCAGCCGCCAGAAACCAGGUACAACGAGCCUUACCGCCUGUACAACCUUGACGUUUUUGAGUACCUCCCGGACAGCCCUAUGGCGCUUUACGGCAGUAUCCCGCUCCUGCACGCUCACAGCAAGGAGGGCACCGUUGGCGCCUUGUUCCUCACCGGCGCCGAGACCUGGAUUGAUGUUGCACGUCCCCAGGUAGGCGGGAGGGGAAUGAGCACGCAUUGGGUAAGCGAGAGCGGCAUCCUCGACCUCUUCCUCUUACCUGGGCCUGGGCCGCACCAGCUUUUCAGACAGUACACCGCUCUCACCGGACCAUCGGCACUCCCCCAACUCUUUGCGCUUGGCUACCACCAGUGCAGGUGGAACUAUAUUUCCAGCAAGGACGUACUGGACGUCAAUCGGCGGUUCGACGAUGCGCUUAUGCCGUUAGACGUAACCUGGCUCGACAUAGAGUACGCGGCGGAGAAGAAGUACUUCGACUGGGACAAAAGCAACUUCCCGGACCCGCGCGCAAUGGUCGACGCCGUCGCCGAGGCGAAGCGAAAGAUGGUGGCUAUCGUCGAUCCCCACUUGAAAAAAACAAGCAACUACCAUGUCUACCAACAGGCGCAGGAAAGGGACGUGUUGAUCAAGAAGAGCGAUGGAAAGGAGUAUGAAGGCUGGUGCUGGCCAGGCGCGAGCGCGUAUGCGGAUUUCUUCCACCCUGAUAGCUGGCAAUGGUGGAGGGGUUUGUUUAGGCUUGGCGAUGGGAAGGAUGUCAAGGAGGGUGAGGGGUGGAUCGAUUCCACGAAGGACCUAUUCAUUUGGAAUGACAUGAACGAGCCGAGCGUAUUCAAUGGUCCGGAGAUCACCAUGCCCAAAGAUAACAUUCACCACGGUGGAUGGGAACAUCGCGACGUGCACAACCUCAACGGCAUGCUCUUCCACAAGCAGACCUCGCUCGCCUUGAUCGAGCGCACAAACCCCCCUCAGCGACCUUUUGUCCUCUCUCGCAGUUUCUAUCCCGGAAGUCAACAGUACGGCGCAAUCUGGACGGGUGACAAUGGAGGCACGUGGGAGCACAUGAAGGUCGGGCUACCGAUGGUGCUCACUCUGGGCGUGACAGGCAUGGCCUUUGCUGGUGCCGACGUUGGCGGGUUCUUUGGUAACCCAGGGCCGGAGAUGCUCACUCGCUGGUAUCAAGUCGGCAUCUUUGCCCCAUUCUUUAGGGGUCAUGCGCAUAUCGAUACCAAAAGGAGGGAGCCUUACCUUCUCGAAGAACCGUACAAAAGCAUAGUGAGAGACGCCCUGGAGCUGAGAUACGCCAUGCUCCCCCUGUGGUACACGCUCAUGCAUGAGGCCAGCAUUUCUGGCACUCCGGCCACUCGGCCUCACUACGUCAUUCUACCGCAUGAUGAACAAGGUUUUGCGAUAGAUGACCAGUACUACAUUGGCGAUUCGAUGCUCGUCAAGCCCGUCACGGAUGAAGGUGCCACCGAGACCAGCGUCUACCUGGCUGAAGACGAAGUGUACUACGCCUUCGAUGACUAUACGAUGUACCGCGGUAUUUCUUCCGGGGCACAAAUCAUUGUCCCCAGCCCCCUUGAAAAGAUCCCCCUCUUCUACCGUGGAGGACAUAUCAUCCCUCUCCGCUUGCGCCCUCGCCGUUCCUCAUCGCUUAUGGCACAAGAUCCCUUCACACUCGUCAUUGGGCUUUCUACCAAGCGUGCAGCGGUGGGCGAACUCUAUCUCGAUGAUGGCGAGUCAUUUAGCUUCCGGAAGGGAGAGCUCGUGUGGCGCGACUUCAGGGCGAUCAAGAAUGGCAAGAAGGGGAUCAAGAUCAUCAGUGACGACAGGGUUCCUGCGCACCCUACGGAGGCGGUCUACGGGGUCGACUUAACUGGCACGUGGGAUCCAGAGAACACGUAUGCAAGGAAUAUCCAUGAUGUACGUGUGGAGAGGGUGGUCGUCCUUGGCCUGCCUGCUGCGCCGACCAGUGUACAUGCCGUUUCCAAUCAGCAGAAAGUCGACCUGAACUUCAAGUGGAUCAAGGGCAGUAGUGCGGAGGGUAAAAGGGGCCAGGAAGGGCCGGCAAGCGUAUUGAUCAUCAAGGAUCCCGGUGUGGGCAUUGCGAAAGACUGGGAGAUUGUUGUCGAGUAGAGGACGAGAAGUAGAGGGCUUCCUGGCUGGAUUGCAAGACAAGAGCGGUUGUGGACAGUGCAUAGAGCAUCCGCAGACUCAUGCCGCUUCACUUUAUAUGCAAAAGGAUGCUAAUAUUUAGCCAAUAAAUUCAUUCCAUUGGUAUUGUC